AUGGAAAAACCAAAGGUUGGAAAAGAAAACCACUGGAUGCCAUGACCAGGAAAUUUCACAUUUUGCAAGGGCAAACUAUUUCGUUAUCACAGCUUAAGCAGAAAAAUGAAUUGGUAAACGAAGAGUUGGAAAAGUGGAAACAAACUUGUGUUAAUUUAAAUAAUGUUGUGGAAAAGUUGUAUCAUGAAAUGGAGAUUGCAAUGAAAGAAAAAGAUCUAAAAAUGAAGAACGUUUGCAGUACAUUGAUUUACUUGAAAAAUCACAGCACUUCCAAUACAAAGGAAAGGAUAUUUCAGAGGUAAAAAACAAGUGCAGAACACUUACAACAUUUUUAUCUCGUGCCAAAACAGGCUUAUGGUUUUCCAAAUCAUUUGGGCUAGAAUUGGAGAGCAUAGUUGUAAAGGAAAAUAAAACUGGUGUUGUGCCUCAUUUGGAUACUGACACCACUGACCCCACACUUGGCAGUAAUGGUUUUAAUGCUCUGUCAGAAGAUGAUAAAGAAAAGAUGGAAAAAGUACUAUUCUUGCUUGACAAGUUUUGUGUGGGGGAUGUCUUUUGUCAUGAGAUGACAAUGAUAGCAGAUGACUUACCGAGAUCCUACUCGGUCAAACAAAAGCGGGAUCAGCUAAGUGAAAUAUGCCGUAUUAGCUCAAUGUCUGGUGAUGCCGAAGGGGCACAAGUUUCAUUGAAGGAAUUACUGAAGGAAGGAAUUACUGAAGGAACGAAUACAUGA